UAGCUCCUCAGCCCCGCCCGCCGGCCCUGGGAUUGUUCGCAGCUGCUGGCUGCUCGCGGCUCGCCCGCGCGGGCUAUUUGCCAUUUCCCGGCCCCAGUUUCUAAGAGCUCUGCCCCUGCGUCGGGGAGGCAGACUGGAAGAGAGCGGCGCGACAUCUGUAGGGGCAGCCGGGCCGAGCGCAGGAGGAGGCGCCCUCUGCGGUCACCGCCGCCCCGCGCGAUCCCCGCGGCCGGCCACUCUCGGACGUGGACGGCGAGCGGGCCCGGGGACAGCCCGGCCCCAGCAUGGCCUCCACCACCACCUGCACCCGGUUCACGGACGAGUACCAGCUCUUCGAGGAGCUCGGAAAGGGGGCUUUUUCAGUGGUAAGAAGAUGUAUGAAAAUCCCUACUGGUCAAGAAUAUGCUGCCAAAAUCAUCAAUACCAAGAAGCUUUCUGCCAGGGAUCAUCAGAAACUAGAAAGGGAAGCUAGAAUCUGCCGUCUCCUGAAGCACCCCAAUAUCGUGCGGCUGCACGACAGCAUAUCAGAAGAAGGCUUCCACUACCUGGUGUUUGACCUAGUUACUGGGGGCGAACUGUUUGAAGACAUCGUGGCAAGAGAAUACUACAGUGAGGCCGACGCCAGUCAUUGCAUACAGCAGAUUCUAGAAAGCGUGAACCAUUGUCACCUGAAUGGCAUUGUGCACAGGGAUCUGAAGCCUGAGAAUUUGCUUUUAGCUAGCAAAUCCAAGGGAGCGGCUGUGAAACUGGCGGACUUUGGCCUGGCCAUCGAAGUUCAAGGAGACCAGCAGGCAUGGUUCGGGUUCGCGGGCACACCCGGCUACCUCUCUCCAGAGGUGCUGCGGAAGGACCCCUACGGGAAGCCGGUGGACAUGUGGGCCUGCGGUGUCAUUCUGUACAUCCUGCUGGUGGGGUACCCCCCGUUCUGGGACGAAGACCAGCACAGGCUCUACCAGCAGAUCAAGGCCGGCGCUUACGACUUUCCAUCCCCAGAGUGGGACACAGUGACUCCUGAAGCCAAAGACCUCAUCAACAAGAUGCUGACCAUCAACCCCGCCAAGCGCAUCACGGCCUCCGAGGCGCUGAAGCACCCCUGGAUCUGCCAACGCUCCACGGUGGCCUCCAUGAUGCACAGGCAGGAGACGGUGGACUGUCUGAAGAAGUUCAACGCCCGCAGGAAGCUCAAGGGCGCCAUCCUGACCACGAUGCUGGCCACGAGGAACUUUUCAGCGGCCAAGAGUUUGCUGAAGAAACCAGAUGGCGUGAAGAUAAACAACAAAGCCAACGUGGUAACUAGCCCCAAAGAAGACGCCCCCCCCCCGGCGCUGGAGCCCCAAACCACUGUAAUCCACAACCCUGACGGAAACAAGGAGUCCACGGAGAGCUCCAACACCACGAUCGAGGACGAGGACGUGAAAGCCCGGAAGCAAGAGAUCAUCAAAGUCACGGAGCAGCUGAUCGAAGCCAUCAACAACGGAGACUUCGAAGCGUACACGAAAAUCUGUGACCCGGGUCUUACAGCUUUUGAACCUGAGGCUUUGGGCAAUUUAGUGGAAGGAAUGGACUUUCAUCGAUUCUACUUUGAAAAUGCUCUGUCCAAGGGCAGCAAGCCGGUGCACACCAUCAUCUUGAACCCCCACGUGCACCUGGUGGGCGAGGACGCCGCGUGCAUCGCCUACGUGCGGCUCACCCAGUACCUGGACGGCGGCGGCCUGCCCAGGACCAUGCAGUCCGAGGAGACCCGCGUGUGGCACCGCCGGGAUGGCAAGUGGCAGAACGUGCACUUCCACCGCUCGGGGUCGCCGACGGUGCCCACCAACUAAGUGUCCGCAGCGCCCCGUCGGCACCAUGUCUCCAGGCCCCUGGACGGGACCGGGCCACCCCUGCCUGCCCGAGGGCGUGAAGGCCGGACCUGGUGCCUGUGGGACGCGCGCCUCUCCUCGCCGUCACCCUCCCGUCCGCGUUCGCCCUCGCCACGGGCCGUGCAGACCCUCCCACCUGCUCGUCGCGCUGUCGAUGCCAAGACGGGACAGACUCCCACGGCUGUUCUCGUGAGGACGGCUUGUAAGAAAAAUGUAAAUUUUUAAAAACUCUUCGCUACUGAUCUGUGUUGGCUUGUUUAACGAAAGGGCAACGGCACGUCCUGUCCCCGGGCGGCCCUGGCUGAGGGGCGUUUGACCUGCACACACUUGUGCUGGUGGGCGGGGCGGCGGCCCCCACUGUCACGUCCUUCUGGUCAAACCGCAGACGGAAGCUCCGGUCACGUCCGAGUCGAGUCGCCGUCUGCACUGGGGGCUUGUGGGACUGGGUUCUGUGUUUCUCGAGUCUUCUGUUCUCUUGUUUUACCCUCUGACCUCCCCCCCGUUCUCGUCUCUGCCUUUCUCUUGUCUGGUAGUGAGGGAGAAGGGCGCGGUUUGCGUAACGAAGGUAAAGAUAAGGGCUCAGGCCGGUGGUCAGUGGCCUGCAGUUCGGCCCCCAGCAGCUCUGCUGGGACGAUGAAGGUUGGGGCUCCAGCUGGCACACGGAGGCCCGCAGUGGGGACCGGCGGUGGGCGGGGCCCUGUCCCGGGACCAGGUUUGUGCCGCAGGCCCCGCGGGCAGGGCGCCCCCCACGGCUGCCGCUCUGAAGUCAGCGAGGCCGCACGCGUUUCCAUUCUCUUCCGUGGUUUGCACUCAGCUGUUGCGACCUGUGCUCUGCAGCAUCUUUUUGUCAGAGCAGCGUCACGUCCCUGCGUGGAGUUAGGCUUCUCCAGUUUGCACGGAUGGCGGCGCGUGCGGGGCUCCGAUCUCACCCCUCACCGCCUGGGGUCUGCACGCCACACGGGCCCCCGUGCGCUCCCUCCGUGACGUGCCCCCGCCUGUGCCUGCAGCAGAGACGACGCCCGCGCGGCCCUCCCCCCGCUUGCCCUCCUGUGUUCACGGCGCCUCACUUAGGAAUCGUUGCUAGUGGGUGUGUGGUAGACGGACUGACGCUUUUCUGGUAAUUACUACAUGAUUUAAAACAAUAUAUAUUUAAACUGAACAUAUACAGUAAAUGUAUUGAGCCAUGUUAACCUGCCAAUGAAAUCUGUGAAGUAACAGCCUCCGUUUUCCUUGUUGAUUUCUCUCACUUUUCUGUGAAAUGGCUGCACGUGGCUGCGUGUGUUCCACGGUGGACACCGUGGUCGUCUGACACUCUGAACUGAGCACGUCGUGUUGGGGGGCCGCCCCUUCCCAGCGGGACCCACGUCCGUCCCCUUCUGUCAUGUGAAACACUGCAGUUCACCAUGGGACACUGUACAUACUUCUUGCCAUAAUGGUAAACGACUGAUUAUUUAAGAGUUAAUAAAUUUGUGAUUUCCGCUGGCA